AUAUAAGGCAACUUCCUGUGGUGGUGAAGCAUCUGACGAUACACAGAAAUGUUCACAACAGGGGGAUUACUGGGAGUUUGUGUUAUUUUCUUUUAAAUAAUGACUAAAGUUUCAUCAUGAAGUUGUUGAUUUGAAAUAUUUUUCUUUAACUUGUUUGCUUGAUCCAUUUAAAUGUGGACUUCCUGUGUCCAGCACACUGGGGAAGAGAUUUCAACUUGGCUCUAAGGAGGAAAACAAAUGUUUCACUUGUGGCUGGGUUUAGGGUUAGGGUUAGUUGUUUGGACGGAUUAUUCUGUUCAUAAAUUGUAUCAUUUAUUUUUGAAUAAUGAUGUAAUUUGUGACCUCCUUGCCGCCGGGUGGCGCUGGUGGUCUGGGUGCAAACGUCGUUCACCUCUUUUCUCUGUCGCUGCUCUCGGUGGAGUUUAGACUUUGAAAGUGUAAUUCAUGCUGGUAAGCGUUAUGAAAAUGAUUAUCUAACGAGUGGGGUAUGUGGGAGGUGUUAUUUCCUCGCUGAAAGCCGAGCUGACUGGUCGGCAGAACAAGAAAAGCAGGAAAAUCGGAGAGUCGCUUUGUUUUUCAGAUGAGCUAACCGGUGAUUCCUUUAUCGGACGCCCUACACUUUUCCUUUUAACUUCAAACUUCAGUUGAUUUUUAGCAUUUUAAUCCACUUUAUAUUUACUGAUUGUGUCCUUCAGGUGGAAGUUUGAAUCUAUUACCCCUGAAAAACUUUAAUCAUGAAGAAAGAAGCGGUCCAGGCGGCAGCCAAGGAGUUCCUGCAGUUCGUCAACAGAGGAGUGUCUCCGUAUCACGGUAAGCUCCAGGCAAAGCGGCGCCUCCUGGAGGCCGGCUUCACCGAGCUGAAGGAGACGGAGCGCUGGGACAUCCGGCCCGCCAGCAAGUAUUUUGUGACGAGGAAUUUCUCCAGCCUGAUCGCCUUCGCCGUGGGAGGAAAGUAUGUGCCAGGAAACGGCUUCUCCAUGAUCGGAGCGCACACCGACAGCCCCUGCCUCAGGGUGAAGCCGCGCUCCAAGAGGACCAAGCAGGGCGUGCUGCAGGUGGGCGUGGAGUGCUACGGCGGCGGCAUCUGGAACACCUGGUUCGACCGAGACCUGACGGUGGCCGGCCGCGUCAUGACGAAGAGCGACGGCCAGCUGGUCCAGCGCCUGGUCCACGUGCCCCGCCCUCUGCUCCGGGUGCCUCACCUGGCCAUCCACCUGCAGCGCGACGUGAACGACGCCUUCGGCCCCAACAAGGAGAACCACCUGGUUCCCAUCCUCGGCACGGCGGUCCAGGAGGAGCUGGAGACCGGAUCGUCUUCGUCUGGAGACGCUUCCUCUGCCACCAACACGGCUGACAAGCACCACCCCGCCCUGGUCAGGGUUCUGUGUUCGGAGCUGGGCGUCCAGCCGGACUCUCUGCUGGACUUCGAGCUGUGUCUGGUCGACACGCAGCCGGCGGCUCUGGGAGGAGUCUACGAGGAGUUCAUCUUCUCCCCCCGUCUGGACAACCUGCACAGCUGCUACUGUGCCCUGCAGGGCCUGGUGGAGUCCUGCGGCACAGACUCUCUGACCUCUGACCCCAACAUUAGGAUGAUCACUCUGUUCGACAACGAGGAGGUGGGGUCGGAGAGCGCCCAGGGAGCGCAGUCCAACCUGACGGAGCUGAUCCUCAGUCGGCUGGCCGCCUCCGCCUGCAACCCCAGCGCCUUCCAGCAGGCGGCGCCGCGCUCCUUCAUGAUCAGCGCCGACAUGGCGCACGCCGUCCACCCCAACUACACGGACAAGCAUGAAGAGAACCACCGUUUCCACAAGGGCCCGGUCAUCAAGUUCAACAGCAACCAGCGCUACGCCACCACCGCCGUCACCGCCUGCGUGGUCCGGGAGGUGGCGGGCCGCGUCGGCGUGCCACUGCAGGAUGUGAUGGUGCGUAACGAGCCCUGUGGGACCACCAUCGGCCCCAUCCUGGCGGCGCGGCUCGGCGUUCCCGUGGCCGACAUCGGAGCGCCGCAGCUGGCCAUGCACUCCAUCCGGGAGAUGUGCUGCACCUCCAGCGUGCUGCAGAGCACCACCCUGUUCAAGGGUUUCUUUGAGCUGUUUCCGUCCAUCAGGAACUCGCUGGUCGUCGACUGAGGACAGGACGACCUCGGCUCUCCACUUCCUGUUGAUGACAGGAAGUCGCUGAUUUAAUCUGAAAGAUUUUAUUGAUCAGCUUCAGAAAUAAAGUUGAUGAAUCUGA